CUCCGUGCUGCGUGGGACGAGGGGAGCCCUGCCGCGUGAGCUGCGGCUGCAGCUCCGGCCGCGGCGGGCGGGGGCGGGCGGAGUCCACGCGCGCCGGGCCGGGAGUCCUCCCUGCGGUCCGCAGCGCGGCCGAUCCCCGAGUGCGGAUGGAGGAGAUCGCGCUCUGGCCGGAGUCCCUUCGGCCUCUGGGCCCCAAGGUUGCAGAGGUUCCAGAGCGCUCUUCUAAAACAGCCGCCUUGGGCUUUGCGGAAGGAGCCAGCCAGGAGGAAGACGAAGGCCCGAGCCCCUCCUCCUCCCGGAAAGCCCGCCCUGCCCAGUAUGCCCAGCGAACAGAAGCCUCCUCGAGAUGCGGCCAUCGGCUGCCACCAGAACCUGAUCCACCAGCAGGAGGCACUGCGUGACAGCACCCUGGACGUCACCGUGGUCCUGCCCAGUGGGCUGGAGAAGCAGAGUGUGGUCAGUGGGAGCCAUGCCAUGAUGGACCUGCUGGUUGAACUCUGCCUGCAGAAUCAUCUGAAUCCUUCCCACCAUGCGCUGGAGAUCCGGUCUGCAGAAACUCAACAGCCUUUGAGUUUUAAGCCAAAUACUUUGGUUGGGACCUUGAAUGUACACACUGUGUUUCUGAAAGAGAAAGUUCCGGAAGAGAAGGCAAAGCCUGGCCCCCGCAAGGUGCCUGAGAAGUCAGUGCGCCUGGUGGUCAACUACCUGCGCACGCAGAAGGCUGUGGUGCGCGUGAGCCCUGACGCGCCUCUGCGGAGCAUCCUGCCGCUCAUCUGCGCCAAGUGCGAGGUCAGCCCGGAACACGUGGUCCUGCUGCGCGAAGCGGCGGGGGAGGAGCUGGAGCUGUCCAAGUCCCUCAGCGAGCUGGGGAUAAAGGAGCUUUAUGCGUGGGACAACAGGAGAGUUCUGACCAAAACACAGUCUGAGCCGUCCCUGAGCUGCCAAGAAACAUUUAGAAAGUCAUCACUUGGCAACGAUGAGACAGAUGCAGAGAAGAAAAAAUUUCUGGGAUUUUUGAAAGCUAAUAAAAGAAGCAAUAGUAAGGGCUGCCUGACCACACCCAGCUCCCCAUCCGAGCAGCCUCGCUCCUGGAGUCUGGGGCCAGCCAGGUCCCUGGGCAGCCUCUCGGGAGCCUCGGGGAAGUCGGAGAUGAAGAAGCGCCAGGCACCGCCACCUCCAGGCUCAGGGCCGAGGGUCCAGGACAAGACCUCGGAAAAGGUGUCUCUGGGCUCCCAGGUAGACUUGCAGAAGAAGAAGCGACGGGCACCAGCACCUCCCCCACCACAACCACCACCACCAAGUCCUCUGGUCCCCAACCGCAGAGAGGACAAGGAGGAGAACCGGAAGAGCACCAUGGGUGUUGGACGGCAGGUGCCGCAGAAGCCCCCCAGAGGCACUGCUCGGGGCCCACCCCAGUUAGUGCUGCCCCCACCCCCGCCUUACCCUCCUCCCAACCCAGAGGAGGCGGAGCCCCUCAGCCCUCCAAGGGAAAGUGCUGGUUCCGAGGCCUCCGAGAUGAGACCUAAACUGAGUUUGCUCCUGAGUCCUGGCAGCCACAGCAGUGUGGACAGCAGCCCGGCAGUGACCUCUGAGGCCGAGGAGACCAUCUCUGUGGGCAGCUGCUUCGCGUCAGAGGACACAACAGAGGACUCAGGGGUGAUCAGCUCCCCAUCCGACAUUGUCUCCCUGGACUCCCAGCACGACAGCCUGAAAUCCAAAGAUAAGUGGGCCACAGACCAGGAAGACUGCAGCGACCAGGACCUCGCGGGAACCCCAGAGCUAGGACCCCCCAAGAGCCCCUUGUGGGAGAGACCUGGCCCCAGGGACACGUGUCUGAGGAGUGAGACAGCCACCGUAACCUCUGCCGAGGAAGACCUGUUCAUAGACGCACACUCACGCAGGACCCUGGCAGCGCCUCUUGGAGGGCGAGGCCCGGACGAGAUGGAGGACAGCUACGACACGGACUCCAGCUCUGCGGCUAGCUCCACAGAUGGUGGGUGGGGCCAUUGUGUGCAGGAUGGUGCCAUGGCCGACGUGGACACAAUCCCGGUGACGUUCAUUGGGGAGGUUUCUGAGGAGCCCGGGGACUCAGGGCUGUCAUCCAACAGGAACAACAACGCAGCAUCUUCCACCUCAGGGGGCAUCACUGGAAGGGGCCCCUGCCUGCCCCCAUGCAAGGCUGAGCAGGACCAGCCCCAAGGCGGGUGGAGCCCACCCCAGGAUGCUGGCCAAGGAGACCUGUACAGGAAGGCCAUGGGGCCAGUGCCCAAGGGGGCCUCUCUGGCUGUGAAGUCACCCCCGGCCAACCCGAGUGUGAAGGAACCAGGCAGCAGGCACAGCUCUGCUCACGGAGAGAGGACUCAGGCCCCAUGGGGCACAGAGGACCAGGAGGCCAGGCAGCCGAGCAGCAUCCCUGGGCCUCCAGCCUGGUGUCGGCGAGGCCACCCAGCCGCAGGAAGCUACGGGCUGAAGCAGGGCCUCACCACCUACAAGAUCGUCCCUCCCAGGUCAGAGAUGCGGUGCUAUGACCGUGGAGCGUCCCUGUCUACAGGCGCCAUUGAAAUCGACGAGCUGGGAAACCUGGUGAGCCCCGCCGGGGCCAGUGGCAGGACCGAGUUCCCACCCUUGACACCAGGGGUGGACACAGAGGCUCGGCCCCUGGGGAAAGUGAAGGAGUUCUGGAGGCGCGGGUCCUCAGAGAAGCCCCCCAGCCAGCCUGCGGGGUGCCCUGCAGCUAGGGUUACCCCGGCGGCCACCACCAGCAGUGUCACCAUGGCUGCCCCCAUCCCCACCCUAGCACCCUCGAAGCCACCGCAGGACAGCACGGUCACAACAGCCCCUGUGCCGGCCACCCUCAAGCAACCGACUGUCCCCCAUGCCGGCGAGAGGCCACAGGAAGACACAAGGAGCCGGCCACCCUUGGCAGUCGCAGGUCAGGAGAAGGUGCCAGCUGUGCCCAUGGGGGAGCUCCCAUUCCUGAGGCCUCACAGGAGGACAUCCAGCCAGCACGUGGCAUCGGCCAUCGCGAGGCGCAUGGGGUCCACGCCGGCCCCAAGUGACACUGCUAGGCCGCACAGUGUCAUGGAGAAGGGACCCUCGGCCAGGCGUCCAGUGUCACCUGGACAGCCUCUCCCCACCCAAGGUGCCUCAGCUCGUGGCCUGGACACAGAGCCACAGGGCCUUGACACACGGCAGCCCAGGCCCGGAGACACCAGCAACACCCAGCCUGGCAGGGUGGCCGACAGCCCACAGAGGACAGCAGCAGCCACAGACAAGGACAGCCCCAUUGCUGUCCAAGGAGUGUCCUGCUCCUCGGCAAGCCACCUUCCCUUGAGGGAGCCCAUGUCUGCAAGAUGGAGCUGUGGCCCUCAGAAGAAGCCCAGUGACCCCAAGGCCAGCCUGGCCCCCAACUCUGUGCAUACCUUGGACAGGGUUCGCCCCAUCCCCACACACCCGGCAGAUGUGCUCACCAAUGGCUCUGCAUGGGACCCAGAGCCCCCACUCUGCCCACAGGUGUCCAGUACCCACAGCCACAGCACCCUGGAGACGGGGGAGAGGCCUCGCCCGUUCCCUGAAGCUCGGGGUGACGGGGACAGCUCUUUCCCAGCCAGCAUUUUUGGGCCAAAGAAGAAGUUCAAGCCCGUGGUCCAGAGGCCGGUCCCGAAGGACACAUGCCUGCACAGUGUGCUGAUGGAGGCCAUCCAGGCAGCUGGCGGGAAGGACGGGCUCCGCAAGACAGCAGAGCCCAGCACGGAGCGAGGGCCCCGGACGCUGUCCUACACAGAGGCUGACAGCGAGCGCUCAGCCCUGAUGGCGGCCAUCCGGGGACACAGUGGAACCCGCAGCCUGCGCAAGGUGUCAUCUUCAGCCUCUGCAGAGCUCCAGGGCUGCCGAAAUACAGCGCCUCCCCAAGUGCCACAGCCCCCACCGGGCCCCUGUGCUCCCCCUGCACCUCCAGUGGCACCAGGACUUGGCGCAGGGCCCCUCAGUGAAACAGUGGACGCACGCCAGGCCCUGUUGGAUGCCAUUCGCUCGGGGUCCGGUGCUGCCAGGCUAAAGAAGGUGCCCUUGCUUGUGUGAACCACCCCGAGGCCAGAUGUGGCAGAAGCCCACCCUGAAGACCCCCUGCCUUCCACCCCAGGACCCCACGUGGCGAGGAACAAGAUGGGGGGGACUCGUCUGCAGGCCGAAGCUGUGCAUCGGGCCCCGCGGCGAGGAGUGUGGCCUUCCCCAGCCACCGCGUGCCAAGGAAAUAAAUACGCAACAUUGCCAAUGAACAGUGUGUACUGGCAGGGGGCAGGUGACACUGUGGGAGCCAACCCUGGUCCCAGUCAGGACUGGGCACCGUGCAAGGACCCUGGUCUCCAGCUGACCAGGCCCCCUGACCUGACCACACAGAGAUGGCGAAAAGCAGCUCCUUGUUUAACAUUGUAAUUCCAGGGGCAAAACCCACACAAAUCAACAGAGAGAACCCCUGUCACAGCUCCUGCUGCCUGCGCUUUGGGCGCAAGAAGAGGGGCAACUUCUCCCCUCUGCUCCAUGAUCCUCGCUGGCUUAUUAAACUACCCGGUUCUUUCUCCUCCAGGGCUGGAGGCCAAUCCCUCCCAGACGUCCUCAGACCGUGCGAUCCGUCCAACCAAGCAUAAGAGCCUGGGGGACAGGGUGUUCGGGGUGACGAGGACGCUGAGAGCUGGCCAGACCCCACGUGGACUGGGCCCCCCGCGGGCUGUGAGUACAGCGGGUCACCAGCCGGAACCCGUGUAUGGAGCCCCGGCACCCUCCCAGAGCCUCCUGGGCACCGCCUGACUGUGAGGCCAAUGUGUGCUUUGUAGCCACUGUUGGGACACUGCUGCCCGGUCCAGCAGCCACUCCAGCACCAUCCAGUGCACUCUCUGAGCACAGUGCCCGGCCCCAGGACCACAGCCAGGCUGACCCACCCAUGUCUCCAGAACGCUCGUUCCCUGCAGCAAAACCAAGCAAUGCAGGGAUCUAAAGGACCUUUCGACAUAAAAUCUUACCCUAGAGCAAAAGGCAAACACCAUGAAGUCACUUAAAGACUCAGCCGUGGUUUCCGGCCUGGAGAUCGGCCAGACAGGGACCUGGCACCCCAGAUCUUCGCUGCUGGACGUCCUGGGCAGGGAGAAGCUGCCACCAAUCGCUCUUAGUCACAGCUGUCUAUCGAUUCUUUUAGUGCCACAAGUAAAUGAAGACAGACUCCUG